GAAGCGACAUUCAAAGUGUCAACUAGUGCAUCACACCGCUGCAGCAAUGGACGAGGAAGGACCGCAGGUUCGUGUCAAAUUCGUGACCAAGGACGGGUCCAUCCGAGUGACGGAGACGCCGUUCGCGGUUCCUUCGCGUCUCAACCGCCGUGGACUCUCGCAAGUAGUUAACCACCUGUUGGCCACAGGCGACUCACCUCGUCCGUUUGACUUUCUCAUCGACGGGCUGUUCCUGCGCUCGUCGCUGGACAAGUAUCUGCAGACUAACGACGUCUCCGAGGAAGCUCUACUGACUCUCGAGUACGUGGAGGCGCUUCCUGAGCCCCAGAAGCAGAACGGUAGUGACCAUCCGGACUGGGUGAGUGCUGUAGCAUCUCUGGAUGACGAGCUAGUCGUCACCGGUUGCUAUGACGGCGUACUGCGUGUGUACGACGCCCAGGGAGACUGUAAGGCCUCCGUGAAGGCUCACCAGGGCGCCGUUAAAGCAGUCAGCGUGUCGUCCAGUAAGAGUGGAGAGUUUGUCGUUGCCAGUAGUGGCAAAGAUCAGCUCGCACAGCUCUGGAGAUACACGGUUAAGUCGUCCAAAUUGUCGCCACUGGCAGCAUUGACCGGCCACUUGAACAGUGUCGAUGCCGUGCAGCUGCACGCGUCCGGUAACCGUGUAGUGACCGGCAGUUGGGACAACACAGUGCGUGUGUGGCAGACCCCAAAUGGCUCAGAGGAUUCAAGUGAACAGCGUUCUUCAAAGAAGCACAAGAAGACGGAAGACGAUGCCGGUGCCGUGAGUUUCCGGCAACUCGAAGCCGAGAUCGUGCUGGUCGGUCACACGAGCUACGUGACGGGCGUGGCGUUCCGUCCCAAGACCUCAGAGCACGACGAAGACGUCGUUGUAUCUGCCGGUAGCGACCGCAGCGUGCGUCUAUGGGACCUCGUAACCCAGUCCUGCUCGCAGGCACUUGCCGGUAACCGUGCCGUGUCGGACCUAACCGUAAACGCGACCGGUCUGAUCCUCACGGCGCACCCGGACCACUGUGUUCGUCUAUGGGAUCCGCGUGCACAGCAGAGUGGCGAGAGUAUCGUGCAGCGUACGUUCCGUUCACACAAGGAAUGGGUCAGUUCGGUGUCUUGGCAUCCGAGUAACGAGCACUUGUUCGUAUCCGGAGGAUACGACGGCACGGCCAAGGUGUGGGAUGCACGCAGCACCAUCCCGCUGCACACUGUGAGUGCACACGAAGGCAAAGUCCUUGACCUGUCGUGGAGAAACCAGGAAGAGAGUGUGGCUUUCGUCACGGGUGGAGACGACAAGAAACUCAACUUUUUCAACGUGUAA